AUGGGUCGCGAACUUCAGAAGAAAAAGAACCGGUCCUCGAACCCGCGCGUAACCCGCCGCAAAAACACCCGCGUCUUCAAGAUCAAGUCCUUUGGCAAUGACAUUAUCAAAGACAACUGGGACAACUCUCAGACACUCUCUCAAAACUACCAGCGCCUGGGACUCUCGAGUCGCUUGAACGCCUCAGCAUGGUGCGCGCCCGCCUCCUCCGCCUUCACGCCGUCGGUGGUCCCCAAAGUUGUGCCCAAGAAGCUUGCGCCCGGCGAGGCCAAGAUCAUCCGCGACGAGUCCGGCGCAAUCAUUAGAGUCGAGCAUGCACCGACCGCCGAGGAGGCGCUGGACGAGGAGUGGGGUGGGUUCCCUGCCGCCACUGAGGACGACGAUGAGCCCAAGACUGCUGUUGUUCGGCAACUCGAAGCGCUGGCCAGGAGCGAGGUCAAGAAAGUGCGGACGCAGAGCGAUCGCGAGAAGGAGUGGAUCGAGAGCUUAAUUGCGAAGCAUGGGCGGGACUUCAAGAAGAUGGCCAGGGAUCGCAAGUUGAAUCCCUUCCAGCAGACGGAGGGUGAUAUCAAGAGGCGCGUGGGGAAGUGGGAGAAGAAAGAGGCGGCGGCUGCCGCUGCUGGGUCGACUGAGGCGAUGGAGGCAUAA